UGUACGGAAUUUAAACUUGCGCAACCAGUGGAUACGGUUAUCGCGGUGGAAGGUUGCAAAAUGGAAUCGUAUUCCAACUCCUUGAGGGACAACGCACAAGUUCUCGACUUUACCUCCUGUUUGAAACGGGAAAAAUGCGCAGAAUCCUCCGAGCCACCGGUCCUCGAUCUUUCCUGCAAGAAGCAAACUGUUCCAAUGUUAAACAAGUUGAUCUCGCAUAACAAACCAGCGGACACGGAGAAAGAAGAGAUAAACAAUCAUUUUGUAGAUCCAGAACGAAAGAGUCCUUUCGAAGGACGAACAUUCAUGGUAACGCCACCCUCCGAGUCGGAAUCGCCGAAAAAAAUCAAAUACGAAUCGAUUUAUAACUGUUCGAAUCCCUCGAUUAAUGUCAUCGGUCAACACGGUGAUUUCUCGGCUCUACCAAUGAAUAUUCCAAUCCCAGCAGUGCCUGGAGUACUACCAGUACUUUUGAGCCAAAAUGGAGGGACGGUCAAACCGAUUCAAGUAGGCGCCACAUCUAGCAUAUCAACAACGACGCCGACGACCUACUGCAAAGAAAUGGCACUGACAGCUUUGUCUCCUGAUACCGGUAAAAAAGCACCGAGACCCUUCAAGGCUUAUCCGAAAGACCCGUUGUCGCUUACCGUAGGUACGGCUGAAUUGAUGUACGAUCAAAAUUCCACCGAGGCGUAUUCGGAAUUCCGGAAACGAAUGCUGGAUUCGGUCAGACGGUCGAAUGAAGGUACCAAUAUUAAGAUGCGUAGAUCCACCAAGAGUCCUGUAUUACCUACCAGCACCGUGGACGAGAAAGACGCAGCUUAUUGGGAAAGGAGGAGAAAAAAUAAUGAAGCGGCUAAACGUUCUAGGGAUGCGAGAAGAGCCAAGGAGGAUGAGAUUGCGAUCAGGGCAGCUUUCUUAGAGCAAGAAAAUAUAAAAUUAAAGUAUGAACUUGUAGCGCUUAGAAAUGAAACGGCUAAACUUAGAUGUAUGGUUUAUUCAACUUAAAUUUAGGAUAUUUUGUAUAGAUUUCAGUCAUAAGUUGUUAAUAUUGUUUUGAUAUUGGAGGAUUCAAUCAGUUUCUCUAAAUACUGAUUGGAAGCUCUGUAUUUGUUGCUGAUGAAGAAGCAAGGAGUGGAAUAUUUGUAAAAAUCUGUAUUGCACUUUGUAAGCAACAAAUUUUUUGUAAACGUUUCAUAGCUUUUUCUUUUGUUUUAGUAUUCUUGAUAGAAUUUCAGUAUUGAAGUAUUUUUUGUUUCAACAAUUUUUUGAUUUCUGUUUAGGGAUUAUUCUUUCCUCAAUUAUGGAAAUUUUUCAGAUUAUUGUUACAUGUUUAUAAAAAAAAAAAUCUUUUCAUAAUAUAGUCUGAACAUUUGGAAAUUAAUUUGCCAUGAAUAUGUGAAUUAUGAGUGCCAUUUGGUAUUGUUACAAUA